AUGCAGAUGAAUCUGGGUAUUCAAGCUGGAGGGUGGGAUCGGGAGCGUGUUAUGCAGAAGUGGCCGCCUGUCGGGAUGUCCAACGAGGAAUAUGCGCAGCGGUGGAGGGAGUCUCAGCCGCAGUUUAUUCAGGGUUCUUGUGUUUUCUGUGAGCGGUGGGGACAUGGGACUGGCAAGUGCUGGUAUCUAGUACCCGAAUUGCAGCCUGAACGGUGGAAGCCGGAGGCUGGGAUUUGGGUGUUUGGACCGGGGAUGUCAUAUCCAGGUUGA